AAAAAAUAUUUGUUAGAUUGUAUACACAAAAAGUAAACAAAUAAUUAAUAAUGGAGAAAAUGCAUCAACGAUUUCACCUCUUAAACGAGUUUUUCGGGAGCUCCAGCUGUUAAUUACAGCUACAUAAUUUAUUUUCUUAAACCAGCUAUGCUAAAAGAAAAAUCAGUCUAGUUUGAAUGCAAUUUUUGUUAGCGUGACAUUUACUGUAAAACAAACUUCUCUAAGAUCCAUUUGCGGAGUUCUAACCGUCUCCAAUUCUUAUACCAAAAUGUUACUAUGAGAAAGUCCAAUAAUAUACAGUCUAUUUCUUCUGAAGUGCUGGCUAAAAUAUUUUCUUAUGUGGAUGAUAAAGAUUUGUGCAACAACAUACCUUUAGUUUGUGAAAAGUGGAAACGUGUAUCAUCGCGUUCUUUAUUAUGCAGAGACGUAAGUUUUGAAGGAAAACUAAUUUCAUCGAAGGAUAUUUGCUUCAUGUUACACAAUGCUCCACAACUAAAAUCUGUGAACUUGGUAUCAGUUGAUGAUGUGGUUCCAGUUUUGAGAGAAAUUUGCAGAUGUAAUAAGAAUGUUGAAAAACUUACAGUGAAGCAAUGUUCCUCUCAAGGAAAUUUAAUACCUGAAGACGUAUUAAUCAAUGUACUUCUCUCACUGAAAUCUCUUCAAAGUUUGGAGCUUAAACAAACAAAAUUUACAUCACACAGGUUCUUUGAGAUUGUUGCAUUGCAAUCCAACAUUACCUGCAUCGACGUCAGUCUGAAUGAGUUUAUAACCUUGAGUGACUUGAGGACGGUGGUACACAACAGCAGGAUUCUUGAGUUCAAAAUGUCACACAGAUACAAAACACCAAAGAUUUCUGACCAGGAAAUGGCUCAUUUAAUAAAAACAAUGAAACAGCAUAUAACUUUACUUCAUAUGGAUAUGUGCGGAUUGGGAAAUUACACAUAUAAUGAAAUUUUUGGCUGCUCAAACUUGACUGACCUUAAAAUGAACAAUGCAAUAAACUUGAGAUUAGAAUUACUAUACAAAAUGUCAAAGUCCUUGAGAAAAAUACAACAUUUAAAGAUUGAAGGCCCAUCAACAAUCACAAAAGGAGAUCUACAAAGAGGACUCUUUGUCGAUUCAACGUUUGCGUGCCAACUUAAUACUUUGAAGCUAGAGUAUUAUAGUUCUUUUAAUAAUGAAGAAUGUUGCAAAGUUCUCGAGGUCUGUACAAAUUUGAAGAAACUUAGCUUGAAGGGGUGUAGCACCGUGACUAUUGAAGGUAUAUGUAAUGCCUUGGUAAAACUAACUGGACUUACAUUCCUAAAUUUAGCAUUUCUUCAUGUCUCAACUUUUAAUGCUCCUAAUAUAUUUAAUCUUCCAUGUUUGAACAUUUUUAUUACUGAUGACACAUCAUAUGAAUUAAAUAAUAUGUCUGCUUUGCCACAGACUACUCACCUUAAAAUCAUUCAACUUACAAGGAAGAGCAAAAAGUUUUAUUGACCAGUAUUAUAUUAUCUGUGUUCAACGAAUUUCAUGUAAAUUACAUAUACUUCUAUGAAAAAUAUAAAAGAAUAAACACUAAA